AUGAUCGGACUUCUAGCCAUCACAGCUAUCCCAACGGUCACGGGUGUAUCCCUCGCUUCCAGCGAGCAGCGCAAAGCAAACCAGCGCAAAGAAGAGGCCCGUCGCAUGGUGAAGUUCAACAUCGUAGCAGAAUGCGAUGGGGACACAGAUGACGACCGCGAGUUAAACGGGAUGGUUGUUGUCGUAAGAGACGAGAAGGUCUACCUUGCCGAUCCAGAUCCCGCCAAACGCAAUCCGCCAGCUUUCACAGCCCUGGCUUUCUAUAUAGAGUACCCAGAACCAGAAGAAUUAAAAUAUCUCAAGCGGGAGCGCGGCUUCGGGCUCCCAACUUACGUCCAAGACAACCCACCCCUUCUGAACUGGAUCUAUGCAGAUACCGAAACGCAUGAGUUGCGGUACGGGAAUCGAUCACAGAGUGUGGAACAGCUGGUCGAGCCGUGGGACUGGUGUAAGAAUGAGAAGAUCAUUUCCCUGCAAGGGAAGCAAAAUGCUUUCAUUGCGGUUGAAGAGGAGGAGGGUGAAUGGGCGCUUUAUUAUGAUCGUGAUGGCGACGAGCUUGCGCGCGUUCUUGAGGAGCAGGGUAUGCUGGAUUGCGCUUUUGUGCCUGUCAAGCUGGUGAGGAAGGUUGUUGAGGAGAAACCACCGCCACCUCCUACUGCUCAGCCUGCUGCUCCCCAAGGCCAAGCGAAUGGUCAGAGUCAAAAGUAG